AUGCUGUUUCCCGGUGGCGACUCUUAUUCUUCGUAUGCAGCUCAGCCGUACUUAACAACAUCUGCCGUCUCCACCGCAACUCCAAGCUCGUCGAGCAAAUACUACACCACCUUUGGCACAUCCGGUCUGCCUUACAGCUCAGCCUACAGCUUCGUUGUCUCCUCAUCAUCCGCUCUAACAUCUAUCAUCUCCACCGCAACGCCGAGCUCAUCGAGCGAAUACUAUGCUAGCUUUAGCACAUCCGGUGUGCCUCAAAGUUCAGCAUACAGCUACGUCGUUUCCUCAUCGUCCAUCCUAACGUCUGCCGUCCCCACCACAGUGCCGAGCUCAUCAAGCGAAUACUAUGCUAGCUUUAGCACAUCCGGCUUUCCUCAAAGCUCUGCCUCCACCUGGGUUGUGCCCUCCUCGUCCAUAGUCACCAGCUAUGUGACUACGCAACCUUCAGUCUCAGCUACGCCUUCAUACGCAACGACUCCACCCCAAAGUUCAGCCUCUACCUUUGUUGUUCCCUCCUCAUAUCUGGUCACCAGCUAUGUGGCCACGCAACCCUCAGUAUCAGCCACGCCUUCCUACGCCAUACCCCCACCUGAGCCCACAUCAAGCGACACACCACCCGAACCCACCAACCCCAACAUCCCCACCCAUCCCGGCUACCGCUCAGUAGCCUACUACGGAAACUGGGACAUCUACGCACGCAACUUCCAGCCCCAGCAAAUACCCGCAGAGCAACUCACCCACCUCCUCUACUCCUUCGCCGACAACAAGCCCGACGGUACCGUCUUCCUCACCGACACAUACGCCGACGCAGAAAAGCACUACCCGACUGAUUCCUGGAACGACGUGGGCAGCAAUCUUUACGGAUCGUUGAAGCAACUUCAAAUCCUCAAGGCCAAGAACAGGAACUUGAAGGUGUUGCUCAGUGUAGGUGGUUGGACGUAUACAAACGUUGCCAAGCACAUGGAUGGACCCAUGGCUACGGCUGCGGGUAGGCAACGCUUUGCGUCUUCGUGUGUGGAGUUGAUUCGCGACUACGGCUUCGAUGGCAUUGAUGUGGAUUGGGAGUAUCCCACCAACAAGGAGCAAGGCGGGCAGUUGCUCGCACUGUUGAAGGAGAUCAGAAGUCAGAUGGAUGAGUAUGCCGAUACGCUUGUGUACGAAGAUGAGUCUGGACGCAAGCUGAAGCCCAAGUUCCUCUUGACUAUUGCUUCGCCGGCAGGAGAGAAGAACUACAAGCAUCUGCCAUUGAAAGAGAUCAGUGCGGUUACAGACUUUAUCAAUCUGAUGGCAUACGACUACGCCGGCUCCUGGGAUAACCAGACUGGCCAUCAAUCGAACCUUUACCCUUCGACCUCGACUCCCCUGAGCACGCCCUUCAAUACAGCUUCCGUUCUGGCCGCCUACAGCGCCGCGGGCGUUCCUUCCUCCAAGCUCAAUCUUGGCAUGCCGCUCUACGGUCGCUCCUUCACCAACACUCAGGGUCUAGGAACGUCGUUUAGUGGCAUCGGCACCGGAUCGUUUGAGCGAGGCGUCUACGACUUCAAGGACUUGCCCCUUGCAGGUGCACAGGAGUACUACGAUGAAGAGGCUGGCGCAACGUACAGCUACGACGAAGCGAGUGGCGAGUUCGUCAGCUAUGAUACUGUGGCCAUGGCGCUCAAGAAGGUCGACUACAUUGCAGAACAAGGGUUGGGUGGCGCAAUGUGGUGGGAGAUCAGCGGUGACAGGACAGAUGACAGCGGGAGCAUCGUGACAAACGUUGUCGAGAAGAUGGGCGGCGGGAGUGGUGCAGGCAUCGAGUCAUCGCCCAAUUGGCUACUGUAUCCCGACUCCAAGUUCGACAACUUGAGGAAUGGCGUGUCGACGACACCAUAG